GGCAGUAUCAUGCUCUGUAAAAAUGUGUUACCUGAAGCUGCCAUUAACGAAAUCAUAAUGGACCGAAUGUAACGUUAAGAUUUAAAUGAUUAGUAAGGUUGAUUUCAGGACUUCAGCCUAACCCUUUUCGUCAUGAACGAACGCCGUUACGUCGGAUGAGCCGCAUGAAACGGUUUUGUAUCAGGUUUAUUAGGCAGAAACCCUAAUAAUAUUUGCUCGAUAAAAAUAAUAAUAACGCGAGAGUUUGUAAGUUGCCUCAAGACUGUAGUUGCAACUGUCAAAGGUGGAGUGGAUACGCGCAUGACCCAACACACAUUACAGUAUUACUGUACACGGCUGCGAAGAUAAUAUCCGUAUAAAAAAAAAAACGAAAUAAUCCCGAGGUAAGGAACCAGACACGGCACGGAAAGCGACCGAGAUUGAAGGUUUCCGUUCCUUUUCCACCGGUUUGUUUCCUUUUACUCUAACCAACUCUCUUGCAGCUGUCGAAAUUUCUGCACUAAACAUAUUUUUGUGCCUCCCUUUAGCUCCAGCCAGCGCAAGGAUUUUUUUUACUCCUCCUUCGUAUUAAAGUCGCCAUUUUGCUUCACUGCCUAUAUAAAACCUUCUUGUAUUCUAAUAUUUUCUUCAAGGAGUCGGAGACAUGUCUGUUUUUACUGCCUAUUAUUGAUAUUUCUUGAGUCUAUAUCAAGACGAUUGAGCUUGAAGAAGUGUCUCGGGGUAUACGUGUUAAAACAGGAGAGGGGGCAACUGGAGGCUUGGAAUAAGUCUGACCGCACGCCACGGCAGAACGAACGGCAGGUGUGAUUGCCAUGUAACAUCGGUAAAGUCGCCUACCGCGCGAGGUGAAGCCUACUGCCUGACCCCCACGUGGGUGACCCAGGCCACCCGGCCGCUCGUGCAGGGUGACUCCCGAUAUUCAAGACAUGGAGACUCCUAGUGGCCCCAGACUAGGGAAGCUAACCACUGGGGGGUUGCCCAGGGGUCGCCCUCCUAAGCAGGCCCACCCCCAGGAGGCUGCCAGGACCACAGCAGGCCCGGAGAACAACAAACAUGGCCCGCUGUGUGGUGAGCGGGUGGAGGGGAAGAAGAAAGGGCGUCCUCGAGCAGAAGUGCAGGAGCUCAGGAGUAUCCCUUCCCACAUGAUGGUUCAGUGGAAGGAGGAGUUUAAGAGGCGUUCCAGGGUAAAGUGUCCGAGCUCAGGCUGCUGGUUAGAGUUCCCCAGCAUCUACGGCCUCAAGUACCACUACCAGCGCUGCCAGGGGGCUCCCCUAGCAGAGAAGCUGAGUCACGGCUGUCCAUACUGCGAGGCUGUGUUUGCCACCAAGGUCCGCCUGCAGAAGCACAAGCUGUGGAACCACCCAGAGAGAGUCACCACCGAAACCAAGUCAGAGUCCAAACUGCAGAAGAGUCCCAUCAAGGCCACCCCCAAGAAAAGGCCUUUGGAGAACAGCCCGCCCUCGCCAGUGUUCUUCAAAGUGAAGAAGACCCAUGAAAUGUCCUCUCCCUCCCAGAACGGGGAGGUGGCCCCCCAGAGAGCAGAGAGGAAACAGCACACACACACCUCACACACCUCGCACACCUUACACACCUCACACCCCUCGCACACCUCACACCCCUCGCACACCUCUCACACCUCACACACCUCUCAAACCUCACACCCCUCGCACACCUCUUAUACCUCACACACCUCACACACCUCUCAAACCUCACACACCUCACACACCUCACACACCUCACACUCCCAGCAGGCUGCACUGCAGUACCAGACGCAGCAGCAGCUGUCGUCUUCUGACUCCUCCCCCGUCACCCCCGGGGGCAGCGAGAGCGAGGGGGGCAGCCUGCCCCCCCCCUUCACUGACGAGGACCCUGAGAGGAUGAGGCACAGACGGAAGCAAAAAACCCCCAAGAAGUUCACUGGAGAGCAGCCUUCCAUCUCAGGAACAUUUGGAUUGAAAGGUAUGACCAAGGUGGAGGAGAAGCUAAAGGCAGGCCGUGUGAAGAGGGCAGAAGGAGGUCUUCACAGUGAGGAGGCCCAGAGGAAGCCCCCAGCCUCGGCCUCCAGGAGGGACACCGCCCCCCUCAGCUCUGGUCCUCCCCCAGAUGUCCAGUGGCACCAGGCCAUCUCAGAGCGUGGUCAGGUGGUCUGUCCCACCUGCUCCAUCGUCACCAGGAAGACGGUGCCUGGACUCAAGAAGCACAUGGAGAUCUGCCAGAAGCUCCAAGACGCCCUGAAGUGCCAACAGUGCCAGAAACAGUUCAGGUCCAAGGCCGGUCUCAACUACCACAUGAUGGCUGAACACAGCACCAAGCCCUCGGGGAGUGAAGGCCAGACGGGGGACGAGCAGGAGGAGAGAGAGAGGCUGCGCAGAGUGCUCAAACAGAUGGGUCGAAUCAAGUGUUCUAGUGAGGGAUGCUCGGCCCACUUCUCCAGCCUGAUGGGCUACCAGUACCACCAGAAGCGCUGUGGCAGGGAGCUGUCUGAGGAGGACAAGCCUGUGUUCCUGUGUCAGCACUGUGGCAAGACCUACCGCUCCAAGGCAGGCAGGGACUACCAUCUCCGCACCGAACACCCUCCAACCACAGCCACCACCAGCGCCACCCCUCCCACGGCCACGCCCACCACCAACAACAACGCCACCUCCAACAGCACAGGCAGAGACAGGGUAAGCCCAGAGGAAGCUCCGCUGGCGGGAAGAAGAGAGCCGAGCCAGACGGAGAGGAGGGAGGAAUGGCCACAGAGGCCUGCUGGGCGAGGGAAGGAGCGAGACAGGGAGGUCAGGGAGAGGGAGAGGGGAAGAGAAAGGGAAGGUGAGGGUCUCGGGGAGGACUUUGAGCGGACCCCCAGUGGCAGGGUGCGCCGGCGGUCUGCCCAGGUAGCAGUGUUCCACCUCCAGGAGAUAGCAGAGGACGAGCUGGCCAAGGACUGGGGAACCAAGCGUCGCAUCAAAGAUGACCUGGUACCAGACAGCAAGAGGCUGAACUACACACGUCCUGGCCUUCCCAACUUCAGUCCCAAGCUGCUGGAGGACUGGAAGAAUGAAGUCAAGGAGAAGGGCUUCAUAUGCUGCACCAACGGAAGCUGUGAAGCUGUCUACUCCAGUGUGUCUGGACUAAAAGCCCACUUAGCAAACUGUAACAAGGGAGGGGGCGAUGUGGGGAAGUACACCUGUUUGAUCUGCCAGAAGGAGUUCAGCUCAGAGAGUGGUGUCAAGUAUCACAUCAGCAAGACACACUCACAGAACUGGUUCCGGGCUGCAAGUCACAUGGUCAUCACAAAUAAGGCCAAAACUCCAGAGAGCAAUGGAAUCAAGAUGGAGGUGAAGAACGGAGCCACCGCCGGCAAGAAGAGAGGCCGCAAGCCCAAAGAGCGCCCCCCUGAGGCAGCUGCUGUUCAAACAAAGACUCCCCCCAGCACCACCCAAAACUCAACAUCUACCCUCACUCAUGCCUCCACCCCAACACCGACCCCCACUCAGACCCUGGCCUCCACAGACAAGGGGAGCCCCACACUGAACAGACACCCCAACCCGCCUGCCACUAGGCGGGGUAAACCCAAGAAGGUGACCCCUUCAGAGUAGCUUGGCUCCCAGUGAACCAGGGGCCCGGAAUCUAUCAGCAUUGCUCCAGUAAGCUCAAAGACAUUACAUACUGUAAGACACAAGGAUUGGGGACAGAGAAGGAAACUAAAACCACCCUAAACAAGCUAACUAAUAAGUUAAUGUGUUACAUUUCACUCUGAUCUUUGCGUUUAAACCCUGUAUGGUUUCUGUGUCUACUGGCAUAUCCGGACAUUCAACAGUAUUCAUUAUUUCUCUUCAUUCCAUUGUUAAGGUUAAUUUGUUUUCCUCUACUCAUGUCUGGGGUUAGUUGUAAUCAAAGUUAAAAUCCUGAUUUCUAUAUGAAUAGCAUAUUUGAAGCAAAAGUAGUAUUUCAAUUGACUUUAGCGUAAUUCUCUCUACAUGUAUGUAGGUUCAUGUUGUGUUUGAGAGGUUUUACAAGGAUAUUCUAUUAGCAUGGUGAGGUCAUUUACUGCUAGUGUUUUUUCCACGGAUAUAAUGUACUGUGUAUAUAUACAAUAUCUAUAUCUAUAUCUCUAUCUCUAUAUAUAAAUAUAAUCAAAGUUAUUUCCAAGACAGGAAAGUCUAACUGAAUCCUGACUCAUUUGCAAUGUGUUUUUCCUCAUUGUUAUUUUUCAUUGUGGCAGCUGGAAGUUUAAGUAGAAACCCUUUAACAAACAGCCUGCCACUGUGCAAUAUGAUGUUGUUUUUCUAUCUUUGUUGGCCUUAUUUUUUCUUUGCCUUUCUGUUAACAGACAAACUUUAACAUAGUGUGGUACUUCAAAGGCUUUUCUGUGCAUUGUGCCCUGGAUUUAUAGCUAAAAUGUUUGAAACUUUGGCUGAAACUAGGAUUUUGUUUUUUAUAUUAUCAUUUUCACUGAAAUCUCUUGGGAGCAUCUUAACAUGAUUGUGUGAGACUUCAUCCAAUUUCACAUUGGUGAUUAUUCACAAGGCACAAGAUGUACACUUAGGGUUGUUUAACGUGUGUCAAUAGAAUAUCCACAAAAUAAGUGUAUGUAUGCUAGCACAUUACCCAGAAUGGCACUAGUACACAUGGAAAAAAGUUCCAAUCCCUUAUUCUACAUUAACUGCUUAUUUCUGUCUUUGGAAUAGCACUGUAAUGACUAAAUAAUGAAUAUGUAGUGGAGAGGGGGGUGUGCAGCACAAUCAACUAAGUUACCACAAUUUUGAACUCAAGGUUGAAGUGAAGCGUGAAAAAGUCAAAGAUGCUUUUGCUUGAAAGAGUUGAUAAAAUAGAGCAAAUGUCUUUUAUAGAAAGUUUAAGGAUGAUAAUCUUUUAACAAAAAAAAACAAAGCUAAUGAAGAUUUAGAUGUUAUUACGUGUAUUGACCUACACCUGGUCGUUAAAAUGCUAAUGUCUUGCACUUUAAACCCAAACCUCUUGCCAGUCCCCUUAUGUCCUUUUGCACUUAACAAGCACUGCUAAUCUUUCACCCCUACCUUACAUUCAGUGGCCCCUUGGUGUAGAUUUAGGAUCAGUGUGUCCAAGCAUAACCUUCAGCCUGGGGGGUCAUAACCCCUGAACUGAAAACAGCAGCAGUGUCUCCAGAAAUCCAGAAAUAAGCAUUGAGGUUUCUAUGUCCCAUUUUCAAACCAAGGCCUGUGUUGAAUCUGGAACAGAUAGGACCACCUCACUCAAUACACUAAGCCAUAAUGGUCCUUAGAAAUGCAACACAUCGGAGGCUGUUGGACUCAUCUUUACUAGUUUAGAUUAAAGAAAAUAGAAAAAUGUAGUUUAAUUUAUGAUAAAAAGCUAUUGUGUGCAAUCAGCGAAUUCAUAUUUUAGCUAUGGUACAUUCUCAAAGUAGAUACUUGAAUCCACCAACAAAUUCUUAUAGUAAUAAUUUGAUCAAAGGAUAAAUUCCAUACAAUAUUUGAUUUAUAUUUGCAAUGUAUAUCCAUGAAUCAAAAAAUCUCCUGGCUGAAAAUGACAGAUCAGAUCUAUUUUAUAAUCUCUUGUGUAUAUUACCUAGUUAAAGCUUUGAAUGUGUACAUAGAUGUGACUUGAGAAGAGAAUUAAGUAUGUUAGAAUAUGAAGGGUGCUUUACCUCCUUCUCUACCUUAAAGACUGCUGAAGAGAGAGAUCAUGCUGUUCAGUUUGUCCUCCGGGUCCUCUGGCCUCAGCCUCCUUCCAGACAGGCCCUAUCAUGAACAAAGGGGCCUUAUUCUCUGUCAUUCCAAUCAGAUGUACGUGUCACCAUUUUCCACAGGAUGCAUCCACAUAGUCAGGAAUCAUUCAGAUUGAACUCUGUUUAAGAUUAAUUGAGGGAGGGGGCUCAGAGUGCUAUUGGCUCUCUGUUAUGAUGACAUCUCUCUUUCUGUCUCUUGCUACCAUUGUGGGAAAGCCUUGUGUUCCUUGUGUCCAGGUUGGAUGGCUGGUCUACAAACAAUAGAUGAGUGCUAACUGGUACUUUGAGCUUCUCAGUAUUAGUUCUCCUUGUGAGCUCUGGGCUAGAGAUGGAGGUUGGAAGAUUAAGCACCUUGAUAAAGGCUGGAUAUCAAGAACAGUAAGAGAUCCUAGUCAAGUGUUGAAUUUAGCACAGUUUGAAUUCAUGAGUUGCUUGUCACUUGUUUGAUCGGUUUGUCAUAUUGAACGUUGUUUAUCCAGCAAGCUUUGGUGUUGCAAUAGGAUAGUUUAGCACUGCUUACCAUGGUGAAUGUUUCAUAUUUGAUCUUGCCCUUUACUAUCUGUCUUCCUAGAUCAUGUGGAAAACACAUAUCCUGCAGUACCAGCUAACUGCACCAAUAUGUUUAGAAUACAGCAAUACACCAUAAUUUGUUGGUUUUGUUGGCUUGCUAAUGUUUCAAUAUAGAGUUAUUUCUAAAUUUAACAGCACUUUUUCACACCCCAUACCUUUGUUUGCUUUGAUAAUGUUUUUUUCUGAAAUCAAAAAAGUACAAAAACAUUAGAUUUGUAGUCCAUAAACAAUAGGUCAUGUGUUGACACUGUUGUUUUAACAAUUUUGAUGAUGCACAUUAAUAUUAAUUGAGAUUUUCAGAAUACGUGGACAAACAAAUCGAGAGUGUCCUUUAAUAUCUACUCAACAUGGGACUGGGAAGUGUGUGUGUGUGUGUGUUUCUGUAUUUAGUGCACUUACUAUCCCAUGAAAUAGGCUUGAAUUAGGAGUGUUGUUGGAGCUUUCUAGUGACCUGGGCUGUGUGUGGUGUGACUUUUGUACCUGGGGAGUCCAUAGGCAGAUGUGUCUUCCCUUUUUCAGCAAUGUUCCUUCCCCUUCUGAAGGUCUGUGUUCUGGAUUUCAACGGGCUUCUGAUGUCUCUUAUUUUGAAAAUGUACUGUUUUGCAAUACAAUAUAAUCAGAUUUUUAUGUCACCUAAAAUGAACUGUAAAAUGAGACCCUCCCAUUCAAUAGAAAUGUGGGUUAAACUGUUAGUAUAUGGAAACUAGGAAGAAAAUAGAGUAAGAACCUAGGUGACAUAAUGUCUGGGCUGAGGUGACAUGAAGCUAUUUAUCUAAGAAGGGAGGCGUCACUCCUCUGAUUCUGAACUGUUACAAUUUUUCCAAAUUGUUGUAUUACCUGUGCAUUAUUAUCCCUCAACUAAUGAAUUAAAAUGUUGUUGACUAAG